GGCGCUGUGGCCUGCUUGUGGUGCAUUUCCGAUCGACGAACAUGCCGUGUGUCGUACCGACUUGUGGAACCUCCGAGGGUAGCUUCAUGCUGUUCCCACGGCACGAAUCCCUUUCCGAGCGUUGGUUUGAAGCGAUCCAGGUUGGAUGUGGCAUUCUGAUGGAGCUAGCUGAAGGACGUGAUCUGAGCCAAACGGAAAUUUGCGUGGCGCACUUUAGUGUGGAUGGAAAAGCGGACGACGCCGACGGCGAAGGUGAGAAUCGGUAUCAGGAACCGAGGCUAUUCAUCAAUGGCAAUGGUGACCCAGUGGAAAUAGACAGUUGUCGACUGUGCUUGCAGUUCUAUCCGACUUAUUGUAUGGCCGCUACGGAAGGACACCUUGGAGGUAAUGAUAUCAAAUCCGUCGUCGACGAGGCGUUAAGUAUAGGUUUCAGAGAGAACGAUUUCCUUAAACUGAUCUGCAUUGAAUGCCUUGCUCGGCUGGAACUGUUGAAUUCGAUACAGAAAGAUUUUGCUCAAGCGGAAGUCGAAUUUCAGGAGCUGCUCAAAACCGCGAACGACAGUGCGAAUGAUGUCCAUAGCAUGGUAAAGCUGACACAUCCCUCAGUGGACACAUUCAUAGAAGAAGAGCAUGCAGAAUCGUCUUCAGAUCCGGACUAUGAUAUCAUUGAGGAAUGGACACCACCAAAAACUUCUUCUGUUUUUAGUAAACAAAAAAAGAGAACCAAUCGCUUGACGAAACUAAUUCCAAGGACCAGCGUAAAACCGAAACUAGCAACAACUUUGAAUGCAAUCGUCGGCAGAAAAUGCUACAUCUGUUCAACGGUUCUGGAAGACGCCAACGAACUAUCUUUACAUCUAACCGAGAAUCACGCGAAUAAAACGGACUACCAUUGCGGUGAAUGUUCGCUCGAUUUCCCCUUCCUGGCAGCCUACAAUAGGCACCUAUCCCGUCACGAGCAAUCCGAGCGACCGCAUAAAUGUAGCUUCUGUGCCCUGCGGUUCAAAUCGAUUAUUCAGAUGAAGGCCCACGAAAAUAAACUACACGGUAUGGACCAUGAGGUGAAACCCCAUUCAGAAAAGUCGAAGUCUAUUAUGUGUGAAACUUGUGGCAAAACAUUCAUGUACAAAAGCAAACUUAAUGCCCACGUUCGCGUGGCUCAUACUUCUAACGAGAUGCCUACGUGUAACAUUUGCUACAAAAGCUUUACGGCAAAGUCGAGCCUGGAAAGGCACAUGCUUCUGCAUUCAAAUGAAAAACCGCACUGCUGCACCAAAUGUGACGCUUCCUAUCGGCGUGCGCUUGAACUUCGACAUCAUAUGGAAAUGGUACACGAUGGUAAAAAUCCUCACCUCUGCGGUGAAUGCAACCAAGAGUUCAAAAACUACCAUGCACUCUACAUGCACAAGCAGAUCGUUCAUCUGAAGAAGCCCACCGUAGGAGCCAAAUUACGGCAGUAUCACUUGGCGUGUAAGCUUUGCAAGGCUUCCCAUAAGAAAACAUAUGAUUUGGAGCAACAUAUAAAUGCAACACACGCCAACGAAACCUACCCGUACAGUGAAUGUGCGCACUGUCCGCGAACUUUUCUCUCCAACCAACACCUCGCCCAGCAUAAGGAAAUCCACACGGACAAGUACGCGUGCAAGGAGUGCGGAAAACGGCACACAACCAUUCAACGUUUGCAGAUUCACAUGGAGACCACGCACUCGGAUGUUAAGCCGUACGAUUGUCCGAUAUGCAUAACAAAGUCGUACAAAAGUUCAACCGCCCUGCGGCAACACAUGGCCUCCCAUACGCAUGGUAAGCAGCAUGUGUGUGAUUUCUGCGAUAAGGCUUUCGUGCGAAAGGAUCAGCUGGUGAUUCAUCGGAGAAUCCACACGGGUGAAAAGCCAUUUCAGUGUGUGCAUUGCUUGAAGCGGUUUAGCGAUGAUGCGACCUACUGCAAGCACAAGAAACGAUGUCAGGAAGCAAUACCCAAGGUGGAGGAAGAAAAUGUUGACGAUUUGCUGGAUUUUGGCUUUCUGAACAGUUAGUAAUGUUGCUGGUAAUAUUCUGGGAGGGAAGUAUAGAUUAGCC